AUGGCUCUAUGGCGCCUACUCAUACAAUUGGAACCAUCCAUACAGUUUCCGCAACCGGACGAACACCACCUCGAACAGGAACGAAUCUUUGCCCGUGACUUGCCUCUUGCUUGCGGGUGUGAUGACAACAAUGAUAAUAGCUAUCUGGACUCAGUGAUUGGAAAUGGGAGUUUCAACGGUCUGAACAAGACCCUGGUGAAUGUUGCAAAUGUGAAUGGGACGAAGACCGUGGUCUUGAACGGUACUUUACCGAACGGGACAGAUACGACCGCUUCCAGCUCGAGUUCGAGUUCCAGCAGCACCAGUGGCGCAAGCAGCUUGGUUGUUGGGGAGAGUGCUGGAUUAUGGGCUCUUGGAGCUUUUGUGGGAGGCAUGCUCUGGAUGCUGUAG